UUGCAUCCAUCUACCUUAGAGAGAAGUGAUAUAAAGCGGUACCCACCACUCGAUCAGGCUAUCGACGCUGUAGAGAAGAUUCGUUACGUUCUCAACCAAUUAGCCCUCAUUCAGAACCAAGUUGUUGAACCCAAUGUUCAGCAGGUAGCCGAACGUCUGGUAAACUCACUACGCUGGAUAUCACGCGUUUCUGCAAGUGACUCUAUCUAUGGGCCUCGGUUUCCUGCCCGAAUCUCAGAACCACCGUUCACUGCGAGGACGAUAGAAUUGCUGCGGACCAGAGUAAAUGCCUCGCACUUAGAAUUCCUUAAACGACUAGGCAAAAACUGGAUAGAAAGUGGGUAA